AUGGUCAUUGAUGUUCUUCACCCUGGGAAGGCAACAGUGCCUAUGACAGAAAUUCGGGAACAACUAACCAAAAUGUAUAAAACCACCCCGGAUGUCAUCUUCGUAUUUGGAUUGAGAACUCAUGUUGGUGAUGGCAAGACAACUGGCUUUGGCAUGAUUGAUGAUUCCCUGGAUUAUGCAAAGCAAAAGGAACCCAAACAUAGACGUGCAAGGCAUGGCCUGCAUGAGAAGAAAAACACCUCAAGAAAUUAA